UGCUGUAAUUCCAGAAGCUAGGAUGAUGAAGACCUGCAACAGUACGGUAUCUCUUUUGGUGGAACCUAAAAGGAAAAGAACACUUCAUCGCCAAUUACUGUCUAAAAUUUUCUUGAUUUCCGCAGCUUUCUUGAUAGGAAGUGCAUUUGUAGUGACGGAUUAUAAAGAGAGGUUCGCAGGAUGGCAAUUUGUGGAUAUUUUGCUCGAUGCAAAAUGUGCAGAUUGUAAGGGUAAUUGCAGACCCCGUGGAGCUGAGGCACUACCAAAAGGAAUAACUGCCAUCACUUCUGACUUGGAAAUGAGACCAUUGUGGGGUCCUCGCAAUAAGCAUAAGAGUUCAGAGUCAGUGACAAAUUUACUGGCCAUGGCAGUUGGUAUAAAGCAGAAAGAAAACGUUAAUAAUGUCGUAAACAAGUUUACAACAAGUAAUGAUUUUGUGGUGAUGCUUUUCCACUAUGAUGGCAUUGUUGAUCAAUGGAGGGAUCUGGAAUGGUGUGAUCAUGCCAUUCAUGUUUCUGCUGUCAAUCAAACUAAAUGGUGGUUCGCCAAGCGAUUCUUGCACCCAGAUAUCAUUUACGAGUAUUCAUACAUCUUCUUGUGGGAUGAAGACCUUGGAGUGGAACAUUUUGAUGUCCAAAAAUAUUUAUCCAUAGUCAAUGAAGAAGGGCUUGAGAUAUCACAACCAGCACUGGAUCCUGAUGUAUCAGAGGUUCACCAUGAUCUCACAGCAAGGAACAACAAGUUAAAUGUUCACAGGAAAAUCCACAAGACGCUAAGAGGUGGCAGAAAAUGUGAUCAAAACAGCACAGGGCCCCCAUGCACAGGGUUUGUGGAGAUGAUGGCUCCUGUGUUCUCAAAGGCAUCUUGGCGUUGUGUAUGGCAUAUGAUUCAGAACGAUUUAGUUCACGCAUGGGGUUUGGACUUUCAGCUAGGUUAUUGUUCACAGGGUGAUAGGACUACAAACAUUGGUAUAGUUGAUUCUCAGUAUUUAGUACACUAUGGCAUACCAACACUUGGUGGCUUGACAGCAAACAAGACAUCUACAACACAUAGUCAAGGUGAUCAAAAUGCAAAAGUGUUGAAUAAGGAAAUGGAGAAAAUGCUGUCAAAUCAAACUGAUGCUAGGUCUGAGGUAAGAAAGCAAUCCUAUGUUGAACUUGAGACGUUCAAGAAUAGAUGGAAAAAGGCAGUCCUGGAAGAUUCUUGCUGGACUGAUCCUUUUCGAUCACCAACACAACAGAACUAACUACAGUAAUAUUUUCUGUCCUUUUUUCCAAAAAAAUUACCAUCAAUAUUAUUUACUCUUCAGACUAUAAGAGAGAAUGCAAAUUCUGCAGUUUGAGUUUUUUUUCUACUGGGCAUGCAAUGCAUAUCCUACCUUAUCUUGUGUAUUGUCAAAAGCUGUAAAGUGUACUAUUCUUUUUUCUUACAACCAAUAAAUAAUCACAAGGUCCCAU